UGUUCCCUUUCCAGGCCUAAAGACUUUCUUCUCCUGUGUGUUGAACCUAGGAUUCACGAACCACGAUAAAAUAAUAUGUUGUUGGCGCGUGUUGCCCGCUUAUCUUCUCGAAAAGCAGUCCUUCCAGUGGCUUUAGUCCGAGCCAAGCACACCCUACCGGACUUGCCAUACGACUAUGACGCCUUAGAGCCUACUAUCAAUACGGAAAUCAUGCGACUACAUCACAGUAAACACCACGCGACUUACGUGAACAACUUGAACAUCGCAGAGGAGAAAUGCCUGGAAGCUCAGGCCAAAGGUGAUGUUGCAACAGCCAUUGCACUACAACCAGCUGUCAAAUUCAAUGGAGGUGGUCAUUUAAACCACUCAAUCUUUUGGACGAACCUAUCCCCUAAUGGGGGAGGUGAACCUACAGGUGAACUGAUGGAAGCCAUCAAAAGGGACUUUGGGUCAUUUGAGAAUUUCAAAGAGAGGUUUAAUGCAGCAACCAUAGCAGUACAAGGGUCUGGAUGGGGAUGGCUGGGAUAUGAUAAAGUAAACAAACGCUUGGCGAUUGCAACCUGUUUCAACCAGGAUCCACUGCAGCCCACAACAGGCCUUGUUCCAUUGCUUGGAAUUGAUGUGUGGGAGCAUGCCUAUUACCUUCAGUACAAGAAUGUUAGACCUGAUUAUGUCAAAGCGAUAUAUGAUGUCAUCAAUUGGACCAAUGUUGCAGAGCGCUUGCAGGCGGCUAGUAGCUAGAUAUUGUCAUUAUAUUUUGGUAACAAAUUAAUGACAAAGGGAGCCUGUCACUUUGUGAUUAUCAUAACUUAAGUUUUAUUAAACAGAAAGAAAUGCAACUACAGUAGCUUUUCAAAAAUAACUUUGGUAAGCUUAGUGUCUAGUUUGUAAUUUGCGCAAAUCAUUCAAGGGUUUUAGGGAGAAUGUUUUAGAAAUCCUAUAAAAUUUUGAUAUGUAUCUACUGUAUUCUGAGAUUGAAGCUUGGUACACCUGCCUUUUCCAAUAUUGUAAUUGUAUCCACUCCAUGUAAAAGCUACAUAACUGUGUAGUAAUUUGUAUAUUUCACAUGACUAAGUUUUGAUGUGAAAUAAAAUUUUUUGUACUGAUA